ACGCAAGGUAAUGACUCCUGGAGCUAUUUCUGCACCAACUUCUUCCUUGGACACUGCUGCACUUGUGAGCAAGGGCAGUGAUUCAAAUCAUAAGAACCAAAAGGGGAAGGUCACUUGUGAACAUUGCAAGAAGAUUGGGCAUACCCGUGACACUUGUUGGGAUAUACAUGGAAAGCCAGCCGAUUGGAAGCCGAAAAAGGGCAAGCAACGAAGUUAUCAAACUUCUCAUGAUGUACCGCCAGAUAAACCAGACUCAAUACCUGAAAUUGAUAAGGAGCAACUAGGUAAGCUACUUGAGAUGCUUAGUGUGUUGCAGAAGAAUGAGAAAAACCAGAAACUGAAUCCUACUGCAUCUGUGGCUCACAAAGGACCUCUUAUCGGGGAAGAUGAUUGGCAGUGCUAAGGAGCAUAACGGUCUCUACUAUCUCGAUGAAUCAACCGUGAGUAGUCUUUGGUCUCGAAUCCAGUGUCACAUUGCAAAUAAAGACUUUAAUGA